AUGGUGCAUUUGCUGUCACUUCUUAGCAAUCAGUCAGAACACCUUUCUCAAUCCGCAUUGACUCGCUUCGCUCUCAUCGCCCGCUUGUUGACCCAGUUGCUGCCAAUGCCGCUGCCCCUGGACCAUGCCUGCAAGGAUUCUCAAUGUUUUUGGAUGCAAGAGAUGAAGCAGGAGACGAAGGCCGACCUGAUGCGACACCUCUUCCUUAUAGCGCGCCACUUUGCUGCCGCAUGCUUCACCUUACGCGCGCAGCGAGAUACCGAUGGUGCACGUGUGGUGGUCUCUGCAGCGCUGGCAGCGGUGAUGGAUGCGCUGCUACGCCGUUGCCUGACAGAUUCACUGCAUGGGUCGCUGUCAUCCAGGCACUACGCAGGCCUUGCUGAUGGCCCAUGUCAGCCCUUUGGUGUCGAGCCAGGCGCCUUCCAAGAGGCUUCCGAGACGUUGCUUUUGGUAGCUCCAGAAUACCAAGCUUUGCGAACGCUUGUACUGGAUUAUUUUGACAGCAUCAGCAGAUGCGUGACAAAUGAUCACAUGAUCUUCUCUUUCGACAAGGGCAUGAUGUGUGGUGAAGGCGACUGCGAGCUUGUUGAGCAGAUCGGACUGUGCCUGGGCCUGGAUGCUGCUCGGCGAGAAGCGCCCCAGCUCUUGACGGGAGAGCGCCCAGAGCUCUUGGAGCUUUUCCCAGAGCUGGCUUGGUUUCGGGACACAGUGUUCCUUUGGAAGAUGCUGCUUCUUCCAGCAUGCCAGUGCCCAGCGGUGCAGAAAUGGCGCGCCUCUGAUUCAUCUCUGAAGUGGCAGUACAAGAAGGGUCGCUUCGAAGUCAUCGGCUUUCAGACCACCUUGACGCCAGAGGCCAAGGCCAGCAAACCAGGCUUUUUGCAAGGAGUGUUGCGCUGGUUCGGCCAAUACGAGUCAGACAAGAAGAGCCUCAGUCGUGCAAGCCCAUCUGUACUCACUGGAUCGUCCCAAGAGCUGGUGAAUAAUGAGGAUGAUGUGCUCUUCUUGAAGGAGCUGCCCAGUUUCAAUGGAGCUCUUGGUGCGGCCGAUGUCGAGUUGCUCCUGAGCUACCUCACGGCGCCGUACUUGAGGAUUCCUUUGGUGCUGGGCUUCUUCGCAGACCGGCACCGUGCCUCUGCUCUACGCGAGCCUCAGCUACAGGUGAUCCUUGACGCGGUGCUGUUUGAGCCUGGGCCAUGGCAGUCGCCUUCCGAUCUCCUCAGCGUGCCCCCAGAGACUGUGCCAGCGCCAGACCGCAGGCACUUGGCCACGGGUGCAGGGCUUCUUUUCAACGAGCUGAUGAGGUCUCCACAGUCUGUGGUCCAUGCUGUCCUGUCCUUGUUACAAGUUGCCGUGGAGAAGGAUGUUGGUAGACCGAACUCUGCAAACGAUGGCUUGAUCCUUUACAUCAUUCGCUUAGCCAGCCGCAUUGAAUCCUACCUGGCAUUUCUGGUGUCGCAUGGCCGGCGUGGUGCUUAUUUGGAACGCGCAGGUGCCAGCUAUCAAGCCUUUGUGCACCUUGGCUCGGGCCGGGUCAGCAGACGCAUGUGGACGCUCGCAUCUAGGUAG